AAGAUAGUCGAAGGAUCGUUAUAAGGUCGAGCUGGGAGAGGAUGAAGGAGAGGACGAACGACGCGACGAUGGCCUUGGACUCGACCGUCAGGAGUCAGGACUCGAACGAUUCGAACGAAACCAAGGACUCUAGCAACGUCGGCUCGAAGCCGGAAAGUUGUAUGGAGUCGAAACACUCGAAAGAGAUACUGAUAUCGGAGAAACGUCAGAAGCAACAGAGGCAACAUCACAGGCAGGAACAACGCGACGAGAAGGAGGGAACGACGAAAUUGGGAAACGCCGAGGCCAGGGACGAUUCCAACCUUCUCAUGUUCACGUCCUGCGGACAAUUGUUGCUCGGUGUCGUCUUGGUCGUCUUCGGUGUUCUGGUAUUGAUCCAUGGCGCUUCCUUGGGAGGAUCGGGUGCAGGACUAUGGGCAGGAGCAGGCGCAUUGGUAGCCGGUGCCCUCGGCGUGGUAGCAGCUUUGGCGAGUUCGUCCGGGAGGACGAACUCUGGAUUUUCGACGGCUCAUUUGGCUUCCAGCUUGGUGGCUCUGGCGCUGUCAAACAUGGCCGCCAUCACAGCCCUUACGGCGGUCGUAAGAGACUCUCAAAGGACUCCGGAAGUUACCCUCUUGACCCUUCCGGGCGAAGAGAACAACGUGUUGGAGAUAGAAGGUGGUUGGGCCGCUCUGUUAGCCAGCAUCGGCUUGCUGAUCGGCAGCGUCGCGGAACUCCUUAUCUCGGGCUACACGUGCGUGAUCCUAACGCCGAAACUCUGUAGCUGUCUGAGGUCGACGAGUCAGGCGGACGAGAACGAUUGCGUGGACGGUCGAUUGAAGACCCGUAAUAUGGUGCAACAGUGGGUCGUCGCACAAAAUCACGUGCCCAAGAAUCAACCGAUCUACGUCGUUCAGCCGGUGAUGCCGGUACAUCCCUUGAUUCGGUCACCGUACGGAGUACCUGCCGCACCAGGAAAGUAUCCAGGAGGAUUCAUCCCCGCAACGCCGAUCGCUAUACCGCCCGCACCUUACGGUCCAGUCUCCGUAAUUUCACACGUACCCUAUGCCCAACGGCCGUCAUCGCAAAUGAUUCGGCUGAAGCACAAGCGUCACGGUCAACCGGAACAAGAGGGCACCGUCGAAAGGAAACGACCGUCGGAGGGGAAAAGCGAGUCCAAGAGAAUAUCCUCGAUCAGCGAGGACCAAGUUGACUUGGCUCAGACCUACACCGGCUUGGACAAAAAAAUUUCCGAAGAAUUUAUCUCCAUCGCAAUGGAUCCAGAUAGAAAGUCCAAAGCUUCGAGUCAUCAUGGCAGCGAAGUCGGCGUCGCGAAGAACGCGCGAAACCUUACCGACUCGGCGCUACUCGUUUAAAUCUCUUUCGUAACAGCGAGGCGCGUUCGACGAUCGCGCGUCCGUUGAAAAGACGAGGGAAAGACCGGCCGAGAAGAGUUCCGAUAGGAGGACGCGCAACCCAGACGCCUCUUGACAGCGUUCCUCGUUGAGUUUGUGUCCUGGAAUUUUUUUUUACCAAAAAUCGUAUCUUUUCGACGUAUAGUCGUCGAUCGACGUAGAAGGCGAUUCUGCUUCGGAGACUGCACGCUUUCGGAGAAUCAAAUUUUCCUUGAAUUUCCUACGAAUCGAUACGUUCGACGAGUCGUUUGUAAUUUUCGGCCUCUCACGACCCAAACGGUCGAUGAACGUGGGAAUCGAACGAAGGAACUCGAAGAAACCAACGACGCGCUCCAAUUCGAUUCCGUCGGUUGCUCCAUUCUAUCUUUUAGUUGUACAGAUAUUCCUUCCUUUUUUAAGAUGGGCGUGCAGUUUCCUGCAGCUCUCUCGUGUAUAUACACGUUUGUGUCGACAGUGACGACGAUGACGACGACGAUGAUGAUGAUGAUAAUAAUAAUAAU